AGCGUCGCCACCGGGUUCUAAUUGAAGCAAGGUCCCCCACAAUCGCGUUUCUGAACAGCCAGAAGAAACACCACAGAAGGGCUGAUCGCGACCGCCAACUGCAACCAUGAACGGCACAGAGGGACCUUAUUUCUACAUCCCUAUGGUUAACACCACCGGGAUUGUCCGGAGUCCUUAUGAAUACCCUCAGUACUACCUUGUCAACCCAGCAGCCUACGCUGCUCUGGGUGCCUACAUGUUUUUCCUCAUCCUGUUCGGCUUCCCCAUCAACUUCCUCACUCUGUACGUCACCAUCGAACACAAGAAGCUGCGGACCCCUCUAAACUACAUCCUGUUGAAUCUGGCGGUGGCUAACCUCUUCAUGGUGUUCGGCGGUUUCACCACUACGAUGUACACCUCCAUGCACGGCUACUUUGUGCUCGGCCGUCUGGGCUGCAAUCUGGAAGGAUUCUUUGCGACCCUCGGCGGUGAAAUCGCUCUCUGGUCCCUGGUGGUUCUGGCUAUUGAAAGAUGGGUGGUCGUCUGCAAGCCCAUCAGCAACUUCCGUUUCGGAGAGAACCACGCUAUUAUGGGUUUGGCCUUCACCUGGAUAAUGGCUUGCGCUUGCGCCGUGCCCCCCCUUGUCGGCUGGUCCCGUUACAUCCCCGAGGGCAUGCAGUGCUCGUGCGGGGUCGACUACUACACACGGGCCGAGGGUUUCAACAAUGAGUCCUUUGUCGUCUACAUGUUUGUCUGCCACUUCCUCACUCCGCUGAUGAUUGUGUUCUUCUGCUACGGCCGUCUGCUCUGCGCCGUCAAGGAAGCCGCCGCCGCCCAGCAGGAGUCCGAGACCACCCAGAGGGCUGAGAGGGAAGUCACCCGCAUGGUUAUCCUCAUGGUCAUCGCCUUCCUGAUUUGUUGGUUGCCCUAUGCCAGUGUAGCCUGGUGGAUCUUCACACAUCAGGGCGCCGAGUUUGGACCAGUCUUCAUGACCAUCCCGGCGUUCUUCGCCAAGAGCUCUUCCAUCUACAACCCGAUGAUCUACAUCUGCAUGAACAAGCAGUUCCGCCACUGCAUGAUCACCACCUUGUGCUGCGGGAAGAACCCCUUCGAAGAGGAGGAGGGCGCCUCCACCACUGCCUCCAAAACCGAAGCCUCCUCCGUUUCCUCCAGCUCCGUCUCCCCUGCAUAAAAGGGCCGCAAACCCACGUAACACGACCUACUACCCAAGAAGAAGAGUUCUCCUCCCCCCAGGACACGACUAAAGGCUCAUGUCUACUUAUACAACUUCCUUUUUGUAUUUUUACAAACAUAAAGACAGUUGCGGGAAAGAUCAGCCCAUUACAGAGUUGUUCCUGUAUGUACAGAAUAUCCAACACAUCUAUGAGUUUGUUUCCCCUAGAUUGAGGGAAAACUAUAUGUUUAUCUGUAACAGUUGGAUCCUAUAUGAUACUGGCUUAUCUUUGAAUGUAGAGGCAUGUAAUCAAGGCAACGUAAAAUAAAACGCACUUUGCAAAUGA